AUGGACAUCAAACUUGAACAUGACAAAGAUGAACUUGAACAUGACAAAGAUGAGGAAAAGCUCCCUCUUCUGCGAAACACAGAGGUUCCAGAAGCAGAGAGGAACCUUGUUCAGCAAGCAAUUAGCCAAACAUUUGAGAGCACAGCACAUUUGGCAAACCUUCUUCCUACAGGCACCGUCCUCGCAUUCCAGCUUCUGUCUCCGGUAUUCACAAACCUUGGCAACUGCGACUCGACCGCGAAGACAAUGACUUCUUUCCUUGUAGCUAUCUGUGGCGUGUCCUGCUUCCUUCUAUGCUUCACUGAUAGCUUCAGAGACAGCAAGGGAAACAUCUGCUAUGGUUUUGCCACGGUUAGAGGCUUGUGGAUCAUUGAUGGAUCAACCACUCUUCCACCUGAAAUUGCUGCUAAGUAUAGCAUCAGGUUUAUAGACUUCAUGCAUGCAGUGAUGUCGGUUUUGGUGUUUGCGGCGGUUGCAUUGUUUGAUCAGAAUGUGGUGAAUUGCUUCUUUCCAGCACCAGACAAUGAGACACAGGAAAUACUCACUGCAUUGCCGGUUGGAAUUGGUGUCUUCUGCAGCAUGUUCUUUCUUGUAUUUCCUACAAAGAGACAUGGAAUUGGCUUCCCACUUUCAACAAAUUAAAUCUUUUUUAUAUUCAUGUGUGUAAACAAUGAGAUAAUCAUGUUUGGAACAAAU